AAGAGGGUGAGAGGGGUGAAUGAGGAGAAAAAUACCGGUAGUGGGAGGGAAGGGAGGAUUUGCGCUGCGCGUUGCAUGUGUGUAGAUGUAGAGUGUGAGGGGCACGUCGACGUCAGUCAAUCCAUUGCGUGAAGCUUACAGUCUUUACGCACAGCGACCGUCAUUGACGCGUAAUUAUGAGUUGUGGAUUCGUCACUUGCGGCCCGAACGAAGCUCUCGUCGUUUCAGGAUGUUGCUACAGCAAACCUCUCUUAGUGCCUGGAGGGCGGGUAUUUGUUUGGCCCCUCGUACAACAAGUACAAAAGAUUUCCUUGAAUACGAUGACCUUACAAGUUGAGAGUCCAACAGUGUACACCUGUCAAGGAGUUCCAAUUUCUGUAACAGGCAUAGCACAGGUAAAAAUUCAAGGGCAAAAUGAAGAGAUGUUAUCUACAGCGUGCGAGCAAUUUCUUGGAAAAUCUGAAGAUGAGAUACAUAAUAUAGCUCUUGUUACUUUAGAAGGACAUCAACGAGCUAUAAUGGGCAGUAUGACUGUAGAGGAAAUUUACAAGGAUCGUAAAAAGUUUAGCAAAGAGGUCUUUGAGGUUGCGAGUAGCGAUUUAGUCAAUAUGGGCAUUACUGUCGUAUCGUACACGUUGAAAGACAUCCGGGACGAAGAAGGGGCAAAGGGUUAUCUACAAGCUCUUGGUAUGGCACGUACAGCAGAAGUGAAGAGAGACGCUAGAAUAGGUGAAGCAGAAGCUCGUAGAGACGCUCAAAUUAGAGAAGCUAUUGCUGAGGAACAAAGAAUGGCUGCGCGCUUCUUAAACGAUACAGAGAUCGCUAAAGCGCAACGUGAUUUUGAAUUGAAAAAAGCUGCUUAUGAUGUCGAAGUUCAAACCAAAAAAGCUGAAGCAGAAAUGGCAUUUGAAUUGCAAGCGGCAAAAACUAAACAGAGGAUUAUGGAAGAGCAAAUGCAAGUAAAGGUUGUUGAACGCAGUCAAGAGAUUGCUGUGCAGGAGCAAGAAAUGAUGAGACGCGAAAAAGAAUUAGAUGCCACUGUAAGGCGUCCUGCUGAUGCAGAAAAAUACAGAUUAGAAAAAAUGGCGGAAGCAAAUAAAUUGCGUCUUGUUAUGGAGGCUGAAGCUGAGGCUGAAGCUAUUAAGAUCCGCGGUGAAGCGGAAGCCUUUGCUAUUGAAGCGAAAGCUAAAGCAGAAGCAGAACAGAUGGCUAAGAAAGCUGCAGCAUGGAGCGAAUACAAAAGCGCAGCCAUGAUAGACAUGAUGCUUGAUACUCUUCCAAAGGUUGCUGCCGAAGUAGCCGCUCCUCUAUCUCAAGCAAAGAAGAUAACCAUGGUUUCGAGCGGUAAUGGCACUAUCGGUGCAGAGAAAUUAACUGAGGAAGUUUUCAAUAUUGUACAACGUGUUCCAGAUCUUGUUAAAAAUUUGACGGGCGUAGACAUUGCAAAGUCUGUACAUGCUGCGUAAAUAUGAAGGACAAUUAAAUAAUUUUCUUGGUCAAAUGUUCUUCAAUGUACAUUUAUAAAAAAAUAUUCAGUCGAUUCUUUUGUUAUAUACAUUUGCUUUAAAUCUCACCCAGUAACACGGGCCAAGUGUAAUUGAACAUCGGAAUUCCUAUAUUAUAAAAAUUCAACACUUUCACUGCCAUUUUGUAGUAUCUGUCCAAAAUACAUAUGUAUACGAAUUGACGCAUUUCGAUUUCGAAAAUUAGUUAGUGCAAAUCUGAUUUUUAUUAUUAAGUUUUAAGAAUGUAUCUCGCACAAGGAAUUUCGUUAAUUGUCAUUCCAUUAAUUUUUACUAACCCAGACAGUGAAAGUGUAGUACAACAUUACUAUCGUUUAUCAUAUUGAUAUUAUUUUUAUAUCUAUAUAUCUAUAUAUAUAUAUAUAUAUAUAUAUAUAUAUAUAUAUAUAUAUAUACCAUUUUUUAAUUAAAAGUACUAACUGCUUAGUAUAUUUUCCUAACUCAACAACGUCUUUUUAAAUUAAAAAAAAAGUGUGUGCGUUUUCUAUCGAAUCUCUUGAGGAGCGUUCAUCAUAACGUUCCUCCUAUUUGUCUAUAAUUCUAUGCCAAUAUGUGCCGAAUGUUGUUUAUUCAAAUAUUCAAUCACAUAUAUCUUACAAAUAUAGUUCCAACAUCUGUUUAGAGAUGAAAGUAUUUAAUGUACUCAACAUUUAAUCUUCUCAACAUUACUUAAUAUUAUUCAGUAUAAAGAGAUCUUUCUUCUAGUCCCUGAGAUAAAUUUAUAUAACAAUUUGGCGUGAGCGUUCUAUUUUCUGUAUAAGAUGUACAAGAUAAAGGAAACAGUAAUAUAUUUUCCCAUCCCACAUUUAUACAUAUAAGUCAUAGAGAGAUCACUGUGAUCUAAUCAUUUAUAUGAAUCAUAGUUGUAACUUUUGAAUAAAAGCUGACUACGUUUUCAUGACGUAAAGCUUUAAACAAAUAAUCGAUUUUGUGUAAUGCAAUGACAGAAGUAAAUGUUAUGAAUCUAA